UUUCUUUCUCAUCAUCUACCCGUGAGCCUUCCUCUUUAUUUAUUUUCUCGGUCAAGUUCAUUCAUUCAUUCGGGUCAGUCAACGUACUAUAACUCCUCUCUUUUUUCCUUUCUUUCUUUCUCAAUUCUCACAGCACAAGAAGAUGGCUUCUAUCUCACAGGGCCUUGCUCUCACCAGUGCCAUGCUUCUCUCAACAACUCUGCUUUAUGUUGCUUUCUCCAGGCAAAAAACCACCCCAUCAUUUCAAAUUCAUCACUCUAACAAACCCACCUUGCGAUCUUGCCUGUAUUCAGAGGAAAAGAAAAGGGAGAGAAAGAAGAAGAAAGUGAAAUUUGCAGAUAGUGUGAAGGAGGGAAGAGAAAGGAAUGAGCAAAGAAGCAACAGCAGACAAAGUGGUGGAAUGCCAAUGCCAGCAAACAGAAUGGCUUUGUAUUACGGGAUUUUGAGGAACCGAGUGCAUAGAAUUGAGUGCUCUCACUAAUUAAGGAUAGAAUCAUAGAAUCCUGUUCUGUUCCGUACGUGGUCUAGUGUACAUUUGUGUUAGGACUGAGCUGAUCAAGUUCUCUCUCUCUCUCUCUCUGAAUUUUCAAAUAUAAUUUUGUGGUGAGGAGGCUGUUAAUACAAUGCAAAAAAUAAAAAAUAAAAAAAAUGAUAUCUGGGGUAUUCUUGUGGUUGUAGAUACGUACUGGAUUUUUUCCAACUCCUUAAUAUGAAAUAUUGGCCAAAGUUUUGUUUU